AUGACACCUGCUAUUAAGUUAGACGAUGGCUUUGCCUCUCCGUUAGCUAAGAACGGUCGGUUUGUAUUGGCCUGUGGUCUUUUGUGUGUUGGUACGUUUGUCUACACAAUUGGAAUCGUGGUCUAUCGCUUGUGGUUUCAUCCGCUCUCCAAGUACCCCGGACCAUUCCUGAACGCUGUCUCUGAGUUCCCUGCGACGAUAUGGGUCCUUCAAGGACGACUUCCCAUGGAAACGAGAAAGAUACACGCGAAAUACGGCUCGGUCGUCCGGCUCAGUCCUAAUGAGCUGGCUUUCAAUACCGUUACUGCAUGGCAGGAUAUAUAUGGGCACCGAAAUGGCAGACAGGAUCUAAACAAGCACCCUAUUCACGUUGGAGCCGUCGAUCCUAUGCCCGGAGUUUCCACGAUCUCUAUGGCAGAUAACACAAAUCACGCUCGCCAGCGGAAGGCUCUUUCACAUGGGUUUUCCAAGAAAGCAUUAUGGGAACAAGAGGGCAUCAUUCAAGAAUUUGUCGAUAAAAUGAUGUUGAGAUUCCAUGAAUUUGCGCAAAAGGGAGAAGCGUUUGAUAUCGUGAAGUGGUACAAUUUUAUCACAUUUGAUGUUAUUGGCGACUUAUCCUUCGGGGAAUCAUUCGGCUGUCUAGAAAGAGGUGAUUUUCAUUUCUGGAUUACCUUGAUCUUCGACGCGGUAAAGGCUGGAGCUAUCGAACAAGCUACAAGACGUCUCGCUACCGCAGGUACCUCGACCCAAAACUUCCUGAUGAAUUUGAUCCCAGGCGACUUGCGAAAAAGAAGGGCAGAUCAUCUUUCCUACAGUCGUGAGAAAGUGAUGAGGCGACUUCAAGAUUCAAAAAGCGAUCGAAAGGAUUUCAUGUAUUAUAUACUUAAACAAGGAGAGCACUACGAUUUGUCACAAGACGAAGUCAUCGUGAAUGCGGCACUAUUCAUUGUCGCUGGCAGCGAAACUACUGCUAGCACUUUGGCUUCCCUAACAAACAACCUUCUGCGACACCCAGAAGUAUAUUCUAAGCUUAAGGCGGAGAUACGUGAAAAGUUUUCGACUGAGGAGGAGAUCAAACUCGCUGCUGUCAAUGAGCUGCCAUAUCUCAGUGCUUGUAUUGAGGAAGGUCUGCGAAUCUUCCCGCCAGCUCCUAUUGGAUUCCUUCGCAUGAUUCAGGACGGAGGAGACACCAUUGACGGUCAACACAUUCCAGGAGGGACAGCAGUAUCCGUGAGCUCUUGGUGUGCCCAUCACAGCCCAGAUAACUUCAAAGAUCCAGAUGAUUUCAUCCCAGAACGCUGGCUCAAGGGCGCUGGAUAUGAUAAUGACAAUAAACUUGCUCAUCGACCAUUCUCUCUUGGACCCCGAGGAUGCAUUGGCAAAGACUUGUCUUACGUUGAAAUGCGCCUCGUCUUGGCUAAAAUGAUCUGGAACUUUGAUCUCGUUAAUGCUGAUAACGCAGAAGCCUGGAAUCCGGAAGGCGAUAUGAAACAUCUGAAGGCAUUUUCGACUUGGCAGAAGCCUGAGCUUCAGGUCUAUGCUGAGGAGGUCAAAAGGUAA